CACCCUGGCAGGUCUGAGUUGGGAAGGAUCUUCGAGGCUCUUCCUCCCGUUUGCACGGACCGUCGAAGUCCUUUCUCAGGAACCUCUGCCGGGUGGACCUUAGACAGAACGCCGCCGAGCUUGAGCCAGAGUCAGGAGGCACACGCUUGCCCGGUUGGGAGAGAAGCAGGAGUUGCCUCUUCUCUCGGGGAAGCUGAGGAGACCACCCCAAACCAGCCAAGAGCUUCAAGGACCCCUCUGGCUGAGGAAGAGAUGGCUUCGGGAAGGAGGUGAACGCAAGGAAAGAUGGCUUCCGACUCGGGCCCCACCUCGCGGCAGCUGCAGCUCAGGUCGGGCAGGAUGUGCCACUAGAGCGCCAUGGACGCGGCGCACGGUGCCCGCCUGCAGCUGCGGCAGCUCCUGCCCACCGGCAGCACCGCCUCCGUGAGUGUGAGCGGCGCCGAGGGCUCCUUCUCCUACAAGGAAAACUUGAUUGGUGCCCUCCUGGCAAUUUUUGGGCACCUUGUGGUCAGCAUUGCGCUUAACCUCCAGAAAUAUUGCCACAUCCGCCUGGCAGGCUCCAAGGACCCCCGCGCCUACUUCAAGACCAAGACAUGGUGGCUGGGGCUGCUCCUGAUGCUUCUGGGCGAGCUGGGCGUGUUCGCCUCCUACGCCUUCGCCCCGCUCUCACUCAUUGUGCCCCUCAGCGCCGUCUCUGUGAUAGCCAGCGCCAUCAUCGGGAUCAUAUUCAUCAAGGAAAAGUGGAAACCUAAGGACUUUCUGAAGCGCUAUGUCUUGUCCUUCGUGGGCUGUGGUUUGGCGAUCGUGGGCACCUACCUGCUGGUGACUUUCGCGCCCAACAGUCAUGAGAAGAUGACGGGCGAGAACAUUGCUCGGCAUCUCGUGAGCUGGCCCUUUCUCCUGUACAUGCUGGUGGAGAUCAUCGUGUUCUGCCUGCUGCUGUACUUUUACAAGGAGAAGAAGGCCAACAACGUCGUCGUCAUCCUCCUCCUGGUGGCCUUGCUCGGUUCCAUGACGGUGGUGACUGUCAAGGCCGUGGCGGGAAUGCUGGUCCUGUCCAUUCAGGGGAACCUGCAGCUCGACUACCCUAUCUUCUACGUGAUGUUCGUGUGCAUGGUGGCCACCGCUAUCUACCAGGCUGCGUUUUUAAGUCAAGCCUCCCAGAUCUACGACUCCUCCUUGAUCGCCAGCGUGGGUUACAUCCUGUCUACCACCGUGGCCAUCACGGCAGGUGCUGUCUUCUACCUGGACUUCCUUGGGGAGGACGUGCUACACAUCUGCAUGUUUGCUCUGGGGUGCCUCAUUGCCUUCUUGGGUGUCUUCUUGAUCACACGGAACAGGAAGAAGGCCAUUCCAUUUGAGCCCUAUAUUUCCAUGGAUGCCAUGCCAGGUAUGCAAGACAUGCAUGCCAAGGGGACGACGGUCCAGCCUGACCUCAAAGCUUCUUUUUCCUACGGGGCUCUGGAAAACAAUGACAGCAUUUCUGAGAUCUACGCUCCAGCUACACUGCCGGUCAUGCAGGAAGAACACAACUCCAGAAGCAACCCUGGGGUUCCCUACCGGGUCCUGGAGCACACCAAGAAGGAAUGAGCCACCUCCCCUAGUUAUAACUGCCCAAGCCAGCCAAGCCAGGCUGACCACGGUUUCGCCCUUCAUUCUAUACGCCUGCCUUUCAGGUCUUCUGGUUUGGAACUAAGAACUCUGUGGAAGGGGAUCUUGGAUGGAAGGCCUUUGUCUCUGGCAAAGAAGAUACUAAAUGGCCUUGGCCUUGGGAAUUUCCAGGAGGUGGGGGGGGGGGCAUAUAAGAGCAGUGUUCCUGGUGGGCACUCUGGAGACCAGUGUGGGUUUGAAGCCUUUGUAUUUCCUUGCGGACACUCACUGAGCCUCCCCAGGCUGUGACCACAGGAGGCCACAUUCCUAAGAGCUAAAAAGCAAGGCUGGCA